CAGAAUAUUUCUCAGUUUAUUAAGCUACAAGUCAAUAGAGCUUGACAAUGUCAGCAGAUGAUAUCAGUGGGAUUAUCACUGACAUGAUGAUUGAAUCCCAGGAAACAGACCAUAGGAUUACUCCUGCUACUACCAAAGAAAUGAAAGACAUAACAAAUACCAAAAUACUUACUAGCAAUGUUUUGCCAUGUUGCAAAGAAGAUUCUGAAAAUAGUUCUUUGAAUGUUUUAGAGAACUUUGAUUUGCCUAAAGAUAUUCAACCUCUUUAUCCUGAUGAUGUAGACAGUUUCAUGGUGCCAAGCCUAAACACCAACACAACAUCAGACAAGAAAGCAGCAGGUAUCAAUUCAAGUAGAAGAAAUCUUAUUGGCAGAGAUGGAGUCGCAUGUUCUGCCUCAUUUGCUAUGGAGCAGGCGGAGGAAAAGCUCCUGGAGAUGAGUGGAUCAUAUUCUGAGAUUUUAGGGAAGCCUCUUGUAAUGAACAUAGUGGAAGACAACAUGCACCAUAAUGAUUCCACAAGUCAUGCACAGUUCAGUUCAAUGCCGUGUUCUACUUGCCCAAUCCCACCUGUCUCACAAUCAGACCUAAGUGUAGCUUCCAGCCCAUCCACCAAACGUGAAAUUAAUUCUGGCUUCAUUUACAAGCCACCAAAACUGAGUCCAUGUAACUCAUGCUCAUCUGCCAGGGAGACUUUGUUGCGGCAGAGCAAAGGAAACAAACCUUGUAGCCUCCCUCAAUCUCUUGGUAGUCACCCCGAUGCUCUUGCAUUUGAUAUUUCUGGUACCUAUUAUCAGUAUUACACUUCCACUAACACUGAAAUAUCUUGCAAUGAGUCUGAGUUGCUGACACCCGUCAAUGAAGGGGACGAUGCAGUUCAGGCGCUCCUCAGUCACCACAGACUUGCUGCGUACCUUGCCUCUCCAGACCCUCCUGCCUCACCUUCUGCUCCUGCUUCACUGCCACCUGUCCCAGAAGCUCCUGUGCAGGCUCUCGUGGUGGGUCAGUGUGGCCAGGACCUGGCGGAGGCAGCCCUGCAGUCGAGUGGCACCGUCACGCGGCUGCCCAACAACGCCCUGGCCUUCGUCGCCGACGACCUCCACGAGAAGAUCAGACUAGCCAGCCCCGCCUCAAUAUGCUCAGGUGCUUCCACGCCCCUGGCGGUAGGGUCGCCCCACCGUCCCCUGAACCCUGCGCUGCUGGACGAACUGGAGCUCCACGCACGGCGCCUCGCAUCCCACGUGGACGGCCUCGUGAACAGCCUCACGGACGCCCUGCAUGGCAAAUCGGCGCUGACGGUUGACUGCGUGGAGACCUACAGAGACACUGUCUGCAAGACCUGCGACGCCGUGGACGCCAACAUCAAGAGCAUGUAUCAGCUGAUGGCCAAGGGAGAGGAGCUAAGCAAGGCCAUGCAGCCGGUCUACGCCCUGCACGCUCAGAUGUAUCCUUUGCUGCCGUCUCUUUAUUGCUCACAUACGCGCCUCUGCAGCGCCUCUGCAGCGCCUCUGCAGUGCCUCUGCAGCGCCUCUGCAGCGCCUCUGCAGCGCUUCUGCAGUAUCUUUGCCAGUCCCGUCGACCUUGUGGACGACAUCAGGGGAACGAAUGGUCCCGCCUCACGCAAGGAAGAAUUGAAGUGUCAGGUCGCCUGCCGGAGAGGAUGCCGAGCAGCGCAGCGAGGCCGCUCGUAUCGUCAAUAA